AUGCCUCACAGAUUCAUACGGCAGUUUCUUAACAAUGAAAAAGUGAUUCAACAGGUAAUUUUUAAUUUAUUAUAUUACUCUUUCUGAAUAUUUUUUAUAACUUUAUAAGGAAGCUAUGGUAAUUGUAAUAAAUGUCCUAGGAAGUUAAUAUUUUGAUAAAGGAAUUAUUUAUUAAAAAUAGGUAAUGGCUUUGUAAGUAAUCUUUUUAAUUAGUGUUAUUUUAGAUGGCAGAUUCAUAUCCGAUGAGACGAGCUGCUAAGUUUGCGGUCAGCAGUGCUUAUCAAAUCCGGCACAAACUUGAGAACGGCGGACUUAUGGACGGAAUAAUGGCCAGAACUUCCAAUUUCAAACGGCUUUUCCAAGAAGAAUACAAAAAGAAGCUCGAGGGCAAGAAGUGA